AUGCAGGGCGCUGCCAAGUGGGAUGCCUGGAAUCAGGUCAGAGGCUAUCCCCCCGAGUUGGCCAAGCUUGCCUAUGUCAAAGCUUUGGACCAACACGCUCCCGACUGGAUAUCAGGAGGUCCCCUUGCAGAAGAUGAGGGUCGCCAAGAAAGGGGUGAUGGCAUAUCAAUGGGUCCCGCUGUCAGCACAAUGGGCUGCAUGGGCAACCCAGAAGAUGUUGACGAGACCCCCGCUGGGCAGCUUUGCCAAAAAAUCGCAAAUGGCGAGAUUGAGGAGGCCCGCGUCCUCCUCCAACAGGCUCCCAAACUUGCAGCAGAGGCUGAUAAAGAUGGCAUGCUUCCUCUACAUUGGGCUGCAGAUCGCGGAGAUCUGGACAUGGUAAGCUUUCUGCUGGACAUUCCAGACGUCAAGGCUAGCGUCAGCAAGCAGGAUCAAGCUGGCGACACGCCGUUGCACUACGCGGUCAUGUCCGAGCAUCAGACCGUGGCACAGCUUUUGGUGUGCAGUGGUGCUGACAUCAACAUUGCCAAUGAGGCCGGUGAGACCCCAGCUCAACUAGCAAGAGAAGGAGGCCUGGCGCUGGGCUGA